AGAUUCUUCUAGCUGUAUAUAUGUCAAUGUUUUGAGCUCCGAGAAGUUCAUUCAUUCAUUCAUCCUUCCAUCUAUUUGUUUUAAUAAACAAACCUUUGUCUUGCAUUUUCAUUUUCAUUUUCCUCUCACUCACUCUCUUCCAAUAUGGAACCACCAAACACGUCUUAUUCAUCGACAAAUUCAGUAUGUUCGUCUUCUUCAUCAGAGUCUGAUUCUAUGUUACUAGGUAGCGGUAAGCACACAAGCACGAUAGGAUCGAAGUCUGAGAGAAUUAAAGGACCAUGGAGUGCUGAAGAAGAUAAAAUACUAACGCGGUUAGUUGAUCAACAUGGAGCUAGAAAUUGGUCACUAGUUAGUCGUUACAUACCGGGUAGAUCUGGUAAAUCAUGUAGGUUAAGGUGGUGUAACCAAUUAAGUCCUAAUGUGGAACAUCGUCCGUUUUCACUGUCGGAAGAUGAGAUCAUUUUAGAUGCUCAAGCUAAAUAUGGCAAUAGAUGGGCUACCAUUGCUAGAUUACUUCCUGGUAGAACUGAUAAUGCUGUUAAGAACCAUUGGAAUUCAACACUCAAGAGAAAACAAAGACAACCUCAACAUCAUCAUCGUCGUCAGUGUAGUAAUGGUAGUAACUGCAGUACUGAUAAUUAUAAUAACAAUGGGGAAGGUUUCAGCAGUAACAAUAAUAACACUACAGGCUUUAUGUUAUCUUCAACAGAAUCCGACCCACCAACAAAUCUUACACUAGCACCACCUGGUAGUAGUUAUUUUGCAGCGCCGGAGAGUCGACAAACGUCGGCAUCAUCGAGGAACGAGAAUGUUUCAGGAGAUGGGUUUUGGGAUGCUAUGAGAGAUGUUAUUGCUAGGGAAGUUAGAAACUAUGUUUCUACAUCUUUUACUUCAUCAACGGAGACAAGUUCUAGGUUUCCUUAAAAAGUGUAGUCAUGAUCUAGUAGUAAUGUACAAUCAUUAGUAGUUUUCGUUUUCGUCCGCUUAAUAAUCUUGUAAUGUGUUUAACUAAUUGGUCUAGUUUAUUAUUUUGAGUCUCAGAAAGAGUUCUUUUGUUUCAUGAAAGUUACUUAACUUAGAUUUUUAAUCUUAUUUAA